GUGUCGCAUUAAGAGACAGUCCUGUGGGUUUGGCAGCCUACAUCCUGGAGAAAUUUACGACCUGGACAAAUCUCGCUUGGAAGGACUUAGACGACGGAGGACUGACGAAAAAGUUCUCUCUGACCAACCUUCUGGAUAACGUGAUGAUAUACUGGGUGACGAGAUCUAUUACCACGUCGAUGAGAUUGUAUUCUGAGACCUUCAACCAGGCCAGCUAUGAUUCGCAAUUAGAGAACUGUUUGAACAACGUACCAGUGAGAGUUCCAAGCGCCUGUGCCAGAUUUUCCAAGGAUUUACUUAUCCAUCCGGAAAGUAUACUUCGAGAUAAAUUCAAGAAUCUCAUCCACAUUUCGGAUCUGGAGGGGGGCCAUUUCGCCGCGUUCGAAGUUCCUAAGACUCUGGCUGAUGAUGUAUAUGCGUUCAUUGAUAAACUCGAAACGUUGCAAAGUAGCAAAUAGUUUUUAAUGUUGUUAUUUUUCAAUAAAUUAAUCUCCU